AGCUGUGCCUGCGUGGUGCUCACACUGACAUCAGCACAGCUUCCUGCCGCCGGCACUGCUGCGCCGUGUGCUCACCCCGUACCCCACAGGGCCCCUCAGAACCAUCCUGUCACAGCCAGAGCCAUGGAGUCAGUAGCUCUGUACAGCUUCCAGACAACCGAGAAGGAUGAGCUGCCCUUCCACAAAGGGGACACCCUGAAGAUCCUCAACAUGGAAGAUGACCAGAAUUGGUACAAGGCUGAGCUGUAUGGCUGCGAGGGCUUCGUCCCCAAAAACUACAUCAAGGUCAAGCCUCACCCGUGGUAUGCGGGAAGGAUCUCCCGGCAUCUGGCAGAGGAGCAGCUCCUCCAGCGCAAGCACCUCGGAGCCUUCCUGAUCCGCGACAGUGAGAGUGCGCCAGGGGAGUUCUCCAUCUCCGUCAACUACGGGCAGCACGUCCAGCACUUCAAGGUGCUCAGGGAGAGAAAUGGCAAAUAUUACCUCUGGGAGGAAAAGUUCAACUCCCUCAAUGAGCUGGUGGAUUUCUACAGGACGACCACCAUCGCCAAAAAGCAGCAGAUCUUCCUCCGCGAUGAGGACCAGGGCCAGGAGGUGAGGAGACCCAGAUUCGUGCAAGCCCAGUUUGACUUCUCGUCCCACGACUCCUCCCAGCUGCCCUUCCUCCGUGGGGACAUCAUCGAGGUCCUGGACUGCCCCGAUCCCAACUGGUGGCAGGGGAAGAUCUACGGGCGCAUCGGCCUCUUCCCUCGCAGCUACGUGCACCCCAUCUGCAAGUGAGCUGCUGUGGGUGAGCAGGGGGGGACCACAGCCCCGCUGCCCCCCAUUCACCAGAGCUGCUUUGUCCCUGCACGUGGACUGCACGUCCUCUUGUCCCUAUGGAUGGUGUCCGUCCCCACGUUGGGCUGCCAACACACAAGGACCCAGUGCCAUGUGGGCUGUGCUGAAGGUAAUGGCCAGGCUCAUGGUGAUCCCCAAUCCAAGGGCUGCCCAUCUCCAUCACCCUGAAACAUCAGCUCUCCCCCUUCCCAGCCCAGGGGACCUCCACCAUCCCCAGCUCAGGCAUCACCUCUCAUUGGCACUGUGCUCCCCGGGGAGCAGCACAGAGCGUCGGACCACAGCCAUAAAACCUUUACCAGCACCACAGCCUGGUGGGGUGGCAGCUAUGGAGGGGAAGAGAAUGUGUACCCCAAACCUGUGCUCCUCUCCAGACCCUGCAAGCAAAACCCAGGCUCCAAGGAGGGCUGGAGGCAGCCAGGAUUCAGCCAGGCUUGGUAACUCCAUGGAGGGAUGCUGGGAAAGGCUGAUCCAGGGGGGUUCAGUCCUGUGGGUGCUGUUAAUAGCUGCAAAUUGUAGCUUUUGUAAUAUUAUUUUUAUUUAGAGCUAGUAAAACGUGUUUGGUGACA